UCUUCCUUUUUCCCGGUCCCGAUCGUCCUCCGUCGUCUCUGUUCUCUCUCUCUCUAUCCGUCAACGUUGUCUCUUUCGUGCUUUCUUUUGUGUUUUCUCUCUCUCUCUCUUGUUUGUGGAUCACUUUCUCUAUCGUUCUCUAUAUAGUACAGAGCUGCGCAGCGCGUGAUUAUGGCUUUCCCCACUGAUUCUCUACGCGUUUGAAUACUCCAUUUCUCUCUCCAACGAUUCCACCAACCUCUAUAUGCAACGUGUAUAUACCUCCAAGCCUCCCAAGCAACACUUGGCCCUCGUGGAACCGAUCCGAUCGUAGGACUCUUCGAUCUAUCCAUUAAUGAGGCCGAUCUCCAAGCUCGAUCGUCGCCGGUGGUCCUUUGACUCCGUUGCCGCCGGAAGAAUCUCCGCCGAGAGCGCAUCCACGUCUCCGGGGACUGAGUGCUCCAACGGUGCCGGCGAGGAGUUCGUGGAGGUCACCAUCGAUCUCCAGGACGAUGAUACAAUCAUUCUCCGAAGUGUUGAGCCGGCGACCGGCAUUAAUAUCGAAGUCUCUCACGAUGAAGCAGUUUCCGCCGGAGCGGGAUCGGCGACUCCAGCGUCGGUUCCGAGAUCUCGGCGGAUGAAGCGGAGCCCGUCGAGCCGGCUCCGGCAGUUCUCACAGGAGCUCAAAGCUGAGGCGGUGGCGAAGGCGAGGCAGUUCUCGCAGGAACUUAAGCGAUUCACGUGGUCUCGCUCGUUUUCCGGUGCAUCUUCGGCGGCGGCGCAGAACGGUGGAGGUGGAGGUGGACUAGUGAACUCGGCUCUGGAGGCUCGAGCCUUGCGGAGACAGCGCGCUCAGCUGGAUCGAACUCGGUCCGGUGCUCAGAAAGCGCUUCGUGGCUUGAGAUUCAUCAGCAAAAAGAACAAGAACGUCGAUGCGUGGAACGAAGUUCAGCGCAAUUUCGAAAAGCUUGCCAAAAAUGGUUAUCUCGACCGCUCCGAUUUCGCUCAGUGCAUAGGAAUGAAAGAUUCGAAGGAAUUUGCAUUGGAAGUGUUCGAUGCAUUGAGCAGGAGAAGGAGAUUGAAGGUUGAGAAAAUCAGCCGCGAGGAGCUUUACGAGUACUGGUCCCAGAUCACCGAUGAAAGCUUCGAUUCUCGCCUCCAGAUCUUCUUCGACAUGGUGGACAAAAAUGAAGAUGGCAGAAUCACGGAGGUGGAGGUAAAAGAGAUUAUCAUGCUAAGUGCGUCUGCAAAUAAGCUAUCAAGAUUGAAGGAACAAGCAGAGGAGUAUGCAGCCUUGAUCAUGGAAGAGUUGGACCCUGAAAGGCUUGGCUACAUAGAGCUAUGGCAGCUAGAGACGUUGCUUCUGCAAAAAGACACUUAUCUGAAUUACAGUCAAGCACUCAGCUACACAAGUCAAGCACUGAGCCAAAACCUUCAGGGUUUGCGGAGGAAAAGCCGAAUACAACGAUUUAGCUCAGAUUUUGUCUAUUUCUUGCAAGAGAAUUGGAAGAGGAUCUGGGUUUUGACACUGUGGAUCAUGAUCAUGAUCGGAUUGUUCUUGUGGAAAUUCCUCCAAUAUAAGCAGAAAGAUGCAUUUGCUAUCAUGGGCUAUUGCCUUCUCACAGCAAAGGGCGCGGCUGAGACUCUGAAGUUUAACAUGGCUCUGAUCCUUUUCCCUGUCUGCAGAAAUACUAUUACUUGGCUCAGGUCCACAAAGCUUGCUUAUUUUGUGCCCUUUGAUGAUAACAUCAACUUUCACAAGACCAUUGCUGGAGCCAUUGUAGUAGGAGUGAUUCUUCACGUUGGAGACCAUCUGGCCUGCGAUUUUCCAAGACUGAUAAGCUCCGAUGAAUACCGAUAUGACCGCUACUUGUUUCAUUACUUUGGACCGAAAAAGCCCACGUAUUUCGACCUUGUUAAAGGCCCCGAGGGCAUCACAGGGGUUCUUAUGGUCAUUCUAAUGGCCAUUGCUUUCACUUUAGCUACAAAAUGGUUCAGACGGAACCUCGUCAAGCUGCCAAAGCCAUUCGACAGGCUCACUGGUUUCAACGCCUUUUGGUAUUCACAUCACCUUUUCGUCAUUGUCUACAUCCUUCUCAUCAUCCACGGUGUAUUCCUCUAUCUCGUGAACAAGUGGUACCUUAAGACGACAUGGAUGUAUCUUUCAGUCCCAAUCUUACUAUAUUGUGGAGAGAGGACCCUUAGGUACUUCCGUUCUGGUUUCUACACCGUACGACUUCUAAAGGUAACAACCAAAAAAACAAUCCGUUUGACCCUUAGUUCUUCAUUUUCAUCCCUUGCAUCAACACAUUCUGAUUGUGCUUUUUUCCUUAUGAUUCAGGUUGCUAUAUAUCCUGGGAAUGUCCUGACUCUGCAAAUGUCAAAGCCAUCUCAGUUCCGUUAUAAGAGCGGGCAGUACAUGUUUGUUCAGUGUCCCGCGGUUUCUCCAUUCGAAUGGCAUCCGUUUUCAAUUACGUCGGCCCCUGGGGAUGACUAUCUCAGCAUCCACAUUCGGCAACUCGGCGACUGGACACAAGAGCUCAAAAGAAUGUUCUCCGAAGUCUGUGAACCUCCGGUAGCCGGUAAAAGCGGUCUUCUCAGAGCUGACGAGACAACAAAGAAAAAUUUGCCAAAGCUGUUGAUAGAUGGGCCGUACGGUGCUCCUGCUCAAGACUAUCGGAAAUAUGACGUCCUAUUACUUGUUGGUCUUGGCAUCGGUGCCACUCCAUUUAUCAGUAUCCUGAAAGAUUUGCUCAACAACAUCAUCAAAAUGGAGGAGCAAGCGGAUUCAGUCUAUGACAUGAGUAGAACAUCAGAGCAUAGUAGCAUUGGAAGCAAUGAUAACUCAUCCAAUAGAGUUUCCCCAAAACGGAAGAGAAUCCUAAAGACCACAAAUGCAUACUUCUACUGGGUGACAAGGGAACAAGGUUCCUUCGACUGGUUCAAAGGAGUCAUGAAUGAAGUCGCAGAGCUCGACCAAAGGGGUGUCAUAGAAAUGCAUAAUUACUUGACGAGCGUCUAUGAAGAGGGAGAUGCCCGAUCCGCUCUCAUCACCAUGGUCCAAGCCCUAAACCACGCCAAGAACGGAGUCGACAUUGUCUCUGGCACCAGGGUAAGAACACACUUUGCAAGGCCCAACUGGAAGAAGGUUCUGUCAAAGCUGAGUUCCAAGCACUGCAAUGCAAGGAUCGGAGUGUUUUACUGCGGAGCACCGGUUUUGGCUAAAGAGCUAAGCAAGCUCUGCAACGCAUUCAACCAAAAAGGUUCCACAAAGUUCGAGUUCCACAAGGAGCAUUUCUGAUAAAGUUACUCCUCUAUACCCCUUUUUUUUUACAAUAUAAAGAGAAUAAACUCUCGUGUUAACGUUUAAUAUCCCUAAACUAAUAGGGUUAAUACCGAUGUAACGUGUAAAUAGAGGGGAGAGAAAGGGGAAAUAGUAAAUUAGAUUUGUCACAGAGAAUAGACAUUUCCCAAGACUUUUUUCUGUGUUUGCUUGCAUAGCAAGCAAAGGAGAGAGAAAACACAGGGGGGAGGAGGAGGAGAGGGUUGGUGAGGGAAAGGGACUUGGGAGGGAGGUCGUAAUCCGACGUUGUUUUACGCAACGGGUAGGGAAGUGCGGUACAGCUGCAAACAGGACAAGCAAGGAAUAGACGACAUGGAAGAUGACAAUGUUUGAAAAGAGAAGUAUUAUUAUUAUUAUAUUAUUAUUAUUAGUGGUAUUCAAAUUUUGGUUUUUUUAUACAUUUGAGUGGAGUUGUUGGGUGGGAGAGAGAGGGAGGGAAUCUUUAUCCUUCUAGAAUGUCAAAGAGGAAGUCAGAUCAGAAUACGAUUAGAACACUAUUAUUAUUGUAAGAUGUAAAUACCAAAUUUUCAGUCGCUUAAUUUUCCAAUUGUAUUCAUAUUAUGCUUUUAAGAUCCCCUUUUGAUUCCAUUCAA